AUGCCUGGAAGAUUGAGUGCAGAACAAGUAAACGAAGUAAUUAAUAAUUACAUUACCGUUACUACAUCAGCAUUUAAACAAUUCGAUUAUAAUGAUAACGGUAUCUUGUCCCUUGCCGAAAUUGAUAAUGCAGUAAUCUGUCUUUACCCACAAUUUGCUGACAAAAAACCUGUCCUUAUGCGAGCUUACAAAGCUGCCGACGCAUCAAAGCAACUUGAUAAAAACAAAGAUAAACGUAUUAGUUUUGAAGAAUUUAAAAAGGGAUAUAAGCUUAUGGGAAUAUGUCGGCUUUCAAACGAUGAAAUUAAGGCAGAAUUCGACAAAAUCGAUACGAACCAUGGAGGAUAUAUCCUCUUUGAUGAGGUAAAACUAAUCAUAAUUUUUGG